AUGGCAGCUUUUGCUGUGGUCAUGCCAGACGUAGAACCUUUGCCAUGUGAAUAUUCCCCAGCAGCCUCCCCUGCUGGCUGCAGCAUGGACCUGGAGCCUUGCUUCAGUGAGUUGCCAGAUCCUCUCUCUCUCCUUGGACCCCCAGUGUCUGGUUUCCAUCGACACAGAAACCCCUCAUACAUCACCCUAGAUGCACCAGUGAACCACUAUCCAGCAGGACCCAACAACAACCUCCUCAGCAACAUGGGGCUUAGGUACUGUUCCACCAGCAAUGUACAUCCAAUCAAACAACCAGAGUCUCAGCCCAGCUACCAGGCGAGACAACUCUCACAGAGCUGUGUCAACUCGGGCAAUAAUCGACUAUACCGCAGCCUGGAAAAUCUGCACUGGAAUGCAGACCCUGGCAUGUACACUUACAGAAGCAUGGAGAGUGAGUUUGUUCUUCACUGUACCUCCAGCAGUCAGUGGUAUGAUGGGACUUCUCAGGGAUCACAGGUCUACACUAUGAUGCACUCCCCUGAGAACAUGGCUUUCUGUCCUCGUCAGGGACUAAUGAGGAAGGACUUGCCUCUGUUUCCUCAGUGGCUUUUUCCUGCUGUGGAGGACUGGGCUAUGAAUGGAAAUGCCCGGAAAGGCCUGAGAGACAAACUUCGCCUUCAGAGCACUCGUGUGGCCGAGCCUAACAAGCCCCUUCGCCCUCAGCCUUUGCUAAGUAACACCAUUCAUUCUUUUAGCGAUCAUGAAAUGGCGUCACAUUUUGGUCAUCUCUCUUCUCCAGGACAAGUGAAUAGCAAGAAAGAGCUGUAUGCUCGACAUAUUACUAGCCCAGAGGAAAUCAAGCAGGAGGUGCUGCGGCGGCUACAGCUUCACAGGCAGAGGAGCACUCCUAACCUGGUACUCAGCUCCAGCCAAGAAACCAACUUCAGCAAGUCACACACCUCUGAGAAUGUCAGCAGUAUUGCCCAACCUGCUCCUGAGAGGAAAAGACCUCCCAUGAGUCGUUUGCACAUCCCAACAUUUGAAGAGUUCAAGAGGAUGAGGCAAAAAGAGGGUGCUGAAGGCCUGGGUUCUUCAACAGCUCCACCCAGUGGAGUAGCCAGACAAGACGACCAAUGCAGAGAGGGAAACUGUGAAGAGAAAGUUAAAGACAGAUUACACACUGAGAGUAAAACUGUCACAGAAAUCUGGCAAAACUGCACCACUACUGAUGUAGCUCAUCCAUGUGGUUCCAGUGGAGAAGAGUUGAGUAACAGCAGGUCCACUGAAGAAGCUUCAGAUACCCCAAUUUGCACAGGACCUGCACCUCGCUCUCCUCUGCAACCUCAGAGUAACACUGCAGGAGAAAAGCACACUGAGAAAGCAGGAGACUCUGGAAGUGUGGAUCCAGCUGUGGUCCCUUUCCCUCCCAAUAGGGAGAUUGCUGAGGGGGCAUCAACCUGCUGUCCAGCCAUACUCCUGGAUGGGAAGGAUCUCUCUGUUUAUGGAGCCAAGAUCUACAAAAUGAAGGCAGACCUCCUCGGAUCAGCCCUAGACCUCAUAAAGAAGAGCUGCAGUGCAGAGAUCAGCGCCAAAGCCCCCGUCAGGCUGUCACAUGACCAGCACGAUGGUACUGACAUCACCACUCCCCAGCCUGGGUGUCAAUCUACCUGCGUUGCCAUGACAACGCCGGCCUGCAGACAGGAGGCUUGCAGUGAAGCUACUGGACGAGAAGAGCCAAGAGAAUGCCUCUUUGGGUCAGGAUGCAGGCGCUCGAGCUCGGACGCAACCUAUGAGCCAGCUGGAUCAGUGAGGGCGCAGCGGGAGUGUCGCCUGCGCCCUCACUACAGCGACCCCAUGCCCACUGAUGCUGCUAGACGCAAGCAGCUGGAGAUGAAAAUUGCUGCAGCUGCACGUCUCCACAGUCAACGCAGAGACCGAGAUAGUGGUAUGCGCACAGUUAGGGGUCACUCUGAGCCUAGAGGAGAAGGUCGCAAUGGACGCCUGGGUGUGAAUCGUGCAUGUCAGCACCGCUGGAGCACAGUGAGCAGUGUGAGUGCAGACAGUGGUGUGGUGGGGCUGAGCGAUGAGCGUGAGGAUGAGGAAGAGCCACGCCAAACUCACCGCAGUGCUGGGGCUGAAGUGGAGCGAGUGGACAGCGGUAUCGGAUCUGGACUUGCACCAGGAUGGAAGAGACCCUCAGAAUCAUUUAAAACAUGGGAGGCUCAGCGGCCAUGCCCAGACUGUGGCCACCGAGACACCACUCGAGAAGAGGGCAUGUGUGAGCGAUGCUCAAAGUUACGGACCGAGCGCAAGGAGGCCAUUCUGGAGUUCCUCAACACAGAGUCGAGCUACGGCGAGGAUCUGCGCAUCAUCAAGGAAGAGUUCUACUUCCCCAUGCAGAGUGCAGGACUGCUCACAGCCGAACAGUUGACCGUGGUCUUCAGCAAUGUGCAGGAGCUUAUUGAUGUGAACGACAGGUUCACCGAGCAUCUGCAGGACAACAUUGACCAGGCACUCGAUCAGGGAGAUGAAGAUCUGCUCACUGUAUGCAUUGGAGAAAUCUUCUUGGAGUUUGUCAGCAUGCUACCAGCCUUUCAAACCUACUGCUUGCAGCAAUCAACAUCUGUCAACAUGCUUAACACACUGGAGAAGGAAAAAGAGUUGCUUAGGAUUUUCCUUGACGUAUCCCAGAAUGACAAUACGGCCCUGCGGCGCAUGAAUCUGCGCUCCUUCCUCAUGGCUCCACUGCAACGUGUGACCAAGUAUCCGCUGCUCUUGAGCCGCAUCAUCAAGGCCACGAACGAAUACCAUCCUGAUUACGAGCGUCUGAAGGAGGCCAAAAGUCGUGUGGAGUCUCACCUGGAGCACAUCAACAUGAAAAGCAAGCAGGAGGGCACAGCCACGUGGUCCCUGCGCUCAUUCCGGCGCGAGAGCCGCAAGAACCGUGAAGUGAUCAACAUUGAGAUGAGAGAGACAUCCAUGAAGCUUGUAGGCUGGGCUCGUGAGAGCACACGCUUUAUUAUGGAGGGUCCGCUGCAGAUCUCACAGCCUGCUGAUGGCCAGUGGGUAAAAAAAGGCAGCAAGUCCCUCAAGUUCCAGAAUGUUCAAAGCCUUCUAAUGGUGCGCACAUCAGACGGGGGAGUACGCGGAGACCAAACGGAGGCCUUCGAGACAGUGCAGGACGGUGUGCUGGUACUGAUUAAAGAUAAAAGUAGUGGCAAGUUUGCUGUACUGCGUGAACCCAUCCAUCUGGCUAACUGUGUGGUUUCAACCGACCCGGACUGUGAUGACACGUUUGAGGUGCUGGACAUCCGACGCGAAGCCUUUGUUUUACGUGCCUCUGACAAAUCACGUACACAGCAGUGGUUUCGGCUGAUUAAGAGGUAUGCAUGUGAUCUGGGGCUCUGGAGAAAAAGACGCAACGCACUCCCUAAUAUAAUGAUCAACACGUCCCAGAACCGCUCUUGA